UAUUUCCCGCGCUUUUCAAAAAACAAUUGUAUAAAACUACUGUCAUUUUUCUGAAAAAGUUCCAUUACAGACAACAAAAAUGCUUUUGCACUCAAGAUAAAAGGAACUAUGUCGUCCACUAUGUCUUCAACCAAAUUACAAACGAGGUCGGCUUUUAUUCGUCAGCCGGCUAGAAUACUACUAGUGGAUUAUCAACCCCCAUUUGAUGCAGACAGCUGUGAAUAUCUUCAACAGUCUCUCACAGACUUCUUCUCUCUUGUGACACACUUGAAUGGCCCCAGUCGUGCCCCUCUGUUUGGGCUCUUUGCACUUGGCAGAUAUCCAGAGAAUCUAUUUCAGCUACAACAUGUGAAAGGAAACUUUCCACGCCUCCAUUCAGCACUUGAAGAAUUGAGAUUCUUUUCAAAGGAAAUAACAGCUAUAACAAACUCAGCAGAGGUCCUUCUUCAAGGCCUACAAGAUGCAGUUACACAGUUCAAAAGACAUUCACAAAGCCUUAGACAGAUAACUCCAUCAACCUGUCAGUUGGAGAUAACUGUGCUAACAUGCAUCAAGGCAUCACGGCUAAGCAGAACAAUUGAAAAGUUAUCAAAACAAUUGGAUCUGGGAAGUAUCAAGAAAAUCCAGAUCGCUGCAGUGACAAAAAAACCAACCGAAGAGGAUACAACCAUUGAGGAAGGAAGUAGCGACCAAGAGAUAAGCCCAACCAGCUCUAUGGACAGCGGCUCGUUAGGGUGUGGUCUAGUGGACACUGUUACUUUGCAAAAAGGUGAGGAAGAAGGUGACUUACAAGACGAAACCGGGCCUGACAAGACGAUACUCCUCAAAUGUGACCUUCAUGAACGUCUCAUCAGCCCACAGUUUCUACCCUACCGCUUUAAAUUUGAAAUGAAUAACGAGAUGACCAAUCUAACAUCCAAAGCCUCAUGCAACACAAGGCCUUGUACUAGCAGCACAUACCCAGUGCACAACCUUCACAUCUCACAGCUUAUCAAGGCUAGUGCAAUAUGCGAGUCUGUGCUAUAUGGAAUGCCGUACACCGUGCGACCCACCGUGUGUUGGAAGCUUGACUGGGAAGAGCUAGAGGCCAACCAACAGUACUUCUACGCCCUCUCGCGUGCACUACAGGAACGGGAUAUCGUCGCCCUACUACAGACCCAGUGCAGCACAAACGAUAUCCUUCCAAUUGGUCAUUUCCUGCUACUACCCUCAGAUGGAGGGUCGUCUAUGUUGCUCAAGUCAAUCACAGCAAGCGAGUUGCUUCUACCAGCCGAAUUCACGCAGCCUGUGGAAGAGCCGCAAGCGGAGGCUUUGGAAGUUAUCUCUGCUUGCUUGGAUCAGCUGGAGAUCAAGGAGACAUAUAAUCCACUACUGGUGUCGUGCGAUCUUUACAAGUGUCUGACAUCACAUGCACUUAAAGGCGCCGGCACUGCCAACAGACAACAGAAGAAAAGGUUCCAGACUCCUCAGCGGUAUCAGCAAACUAGCAAAGCACUGUCAACUAACCCCGAUUUACGUCAACCGCUUGCUAAGCCCCGUGCACCACGGGCACCAGCAAAGAGAGUGGUCUUCAGUAAAGAUACUACCGCGGGAAAAGGCUCUAACUCCAGCAAGCGCCAGAAGGUCCCUGCAGCCCUGGAUAUGUACGUCACAAGCCCACCAGAGUUCCCGGAUGAUUUGUAACCAGCCCCCCCCCCCCCCUUCCCCCCCCCCCGGGAUCUGGGGAAGAGGACAAUCGUGAUGAUAAAGGACGGACCAUUAGAAAAGUGAAGGGUGAGGGGUGGGUGAGGAACAAUACUACGAUUAAAAACAAACCUGGAAAAACUACAUGCAAUAAACCAGAUAGAAAAAGAAAUGCAUACAAAAAGGAAAAAAAAAACAUUUUCCCAACAUCAUGGAAAGUAAGUACUUUGCUUGGCUGUUUGUUACGAAGCUCAAAAUAAAUUUGAAAAUUGAAAGCCCAAACGUUAAAAUCAAUUUUGUCUGAUGAACCGUUCCUCGCCAUUGAAAGCAAAGUCUCCCAGAAAAAAUUACCCACAUCCUUCGGCAAAACAAAUCGAGCAGCAAAACUGUUCGGGGAAAAAAUCGUGAAACAAAAAAAAAAAAAACAAACAAACAAAUUAGCCACUCCCCUCAUCAAAACUCAAAUGUUCCGUCCCUUAAAGAAAGCUUCUCAGUCCCACCCCACCACCCUCUGUUGUGCGACAAUUAAUUUGUCUAUAUUUAGGCAAGGCGUUUGAGUAACCUCGGGUAAAAUGAUACCUAGCUUUCUCUUACUGGUUAGAGAGUUUUGUCAGCGUAAUCAUAUGUUAAACAUGAAUUGCUGGAUGCCGCAACGCCGUCCGUAUCAAAGCAAGUCCCAUACACCUAUCUCAAAUAACUUUGUCAGUGCUAAUGGCAAAUGACGAUUGUCAAAUGAAAGUUCUAUAAAAAAAAUACCAGGGAACUCGUCAAAUUUCUACUGAAUGUACGAAAAUGUGGAUAAUUUCUGUGGUUAUAUUACUUAUCAUCUUUAUUCUUACAAAUAAUUAUACCUAUAAGCAGUCGUUGGUCUUAGAACUGCCAAUUGCCAUUUACCAUUUGCACUGACAACAUUUAUUAAAAUACGUGUAUGUGUGCUGCUGGCUUGCUGUGACCAUUAGCGGACAGGUGGAAAGACCGAUAACUCCACUUUCCAAAAAAAAAAUAAUAAUAAAAUGAGAGUAAGAAAGAAA